AUGGCCCGUCUGCGGCCUCCCUCGAAGCCCCCCGGCGGAGCGGCGUGCCCUCUGCUCAUCACCGUCUGCUGCGCCCUUGUGUCCGGCGGAGUGACAGCGGCGGCGGAGACGAAGGUGGUGCAGUUUCAACCCGACGGAGUGGCAAGACAAGAUACUUUCCUUCGGUAUCGUGGUGAGGUUCCUGAGCUUGGAAACGCGACCGUAUGCUUCAGGCUCAGGCUUCACCAGCUGAGGGAACUGAGUAGUGUCUUCUCGUAUGCUGUUGCGGAUGAAUCGAAUGAGGUUUUGAUAGGCUUUGAGGAAGACACUUACAUGACACUGUAUUGCUGCGGGGGAGUGUUUCACGACUACUACAACUACUCCGUGACUCUGCGUCAGUGGCUGUCUGUCUGCGUUGCCAUGGAUCUGGAGUCGCGUCUUGUAAGCCUCCUGGUCGACGGCAAUAUUGUCAAGCACAAAUUAAGUACCCUGAGUGAGACCCAGCUGAGAGUCCGGGGAGGGGGACUCCUCCUCUUCGGCCAGGACCAGGACUCGUACGGCGGCGGGUUCACCAACACGCAGAGUCUGAGUGGGACGCUGGCCGAUCUCAGGGUGUACGACGGAGUCUUGAGCGACGAUGAUAUGCUAGUGUUCGGGAGGUGUGAUUCGGCGGCGGAAAUGUCGGCCAGUCCGAUCAUAGACUUUUCUAACAUUGAGCGGGAUUUCGAAAUGGUGAAUGUCGACCUGCUGAAGACGACGAAGGAGAGGUACUGCGCUUCUCGGCGGGACAAAAUCCUCGUCUUUACUGAGCCGUUGGUGUUUGAGAAGGCGAAGCAUAUCUGUGGGCUUUCGGGAGGUAAGCUAGCACUACCAAUGAGCGAGAGAGACACGUGGCGGCUCUUCAAUGAAAGCGUCCCCUUCGGAAGUGCUUGCAACACCGGCUCGAUGUUUUCCUUCUGGCUCGGUGUUCAGGGGCACGCGGAAACUCAGACGUGGAACCACUACCUCACAGGAGAACCGCUCAACUACACUAAUUUCAGAGGGAGGAAACCGCUCGUCGAGAAUCCCUUUAUCUGCGUGGGAUUUGUGGGAGACGAUAAAAUCGACUCGCGGGAGCACGGCGGAUGGCAUGCCGUCGGCUGCAAGGAGACGGCCUGCCCCAUCUGCCACCUGGACAAGGUCGUCCUUCUGAAGGCGCGAGGACUGUGCAAAGCGUCGCUCUUCGACCGCCAGUAUUUCCUGACUAAAGACAAUGGCUCAGUCGCUUUUACCGGCACGCAUUACUCCAAGAUCACGCGGCAUUCGCCUCUCCACGACGGCCACGAAAACGCAUCUGAUCAUGGUUUCUGGCAGUUAGCUAGGCUUGACAGGCCCUCGGUAAGAGCCACGCUCCAGAUGACGUCCCCGACGCACUAUCCCUUCGGCCGAAACGAGUGGGCUGUUCAGAACGAUGUCUGUGGCACCGACUCCGAGGUCAUCACAAUCACGUUUUGCAAGGAACACCAGUUUUCGUGCAGCGACGGCAGCUGCAUUGAGGUCCAGCAACGAUGCGACAUGGAGCUCGACUGUCCCAGCGGGUCGGACGAGAUGGCCUGCCACUUCCUGACGCUCGACCCCUCCUACAACAGCGACAACCCGCCACCGCGCUCGGCCGCCUCCAGCCCCGUCGAGGUCCAGAUUCACCUCCACAUCUACGCGGUAGAGAGCAUCGACGUCGACAACUUUGAGUUCACUUGCGAGAUCGAAGUGACGACGGAAUGGUUCGACCCCCGCCUGCGCUUCCGACACCUGAACUACGCCACCGAACUCAACUCCCUCAGCGGCGACGAGAGGCUGCCUUGGACGCCGCAGCUGGAGUUCCUCGGGGAUGGACUCACGGCGAGCGACGUCCUGGAGCGGCGGUCGUCCCUGAGCGUCCGGCGGUACUCGGACCCCCUGGGCGACAACGACGAGGAGGAGCAAGCGAGUGAAGUUUUCGCGGGAGAAAAGAACUCACUCUUGCUAAUGAGGAAGAUGACUGUGACGACGCCUUGUCAGUUCGAUUUAGAGAAGUUUCCCUUCGAUGAACAAGAGUGCUCCAUGCGACUGGUGAUAUCUGGCAUCACGCGAGACUAUAUAACCCUGAUUCCUGACGAGGAGGGGAUAUCCUUCAGCGGGAGACGCAAGUUGCUAGAGUACGUCUUAGUGAAGGAAGUGAUAAAGAAGCAAGAUGUGGGCAACUACAGCGGCCUCGAAGUACACUUGUACCUGGACAACCUAACGAACUACUACAUCACCUCCACGUACGUCCCUACCCUCAUCAUCGUCGUGAUCGGCUACCUCGUCUUCUUCUUCCCGAUCAACAACUUUAACGAGCGAAUAAUGGUUGGCUUAACUGGCCUGUUGGUGGAGGCGACUUUCUUUUCACAGGUAAAUUCCUCCAUCCCUCACACCGCCUACAUGAAACUAGUGGAUAUCUGGAUGGUGUUCUGUAUCCUCAUCCUGUUCCAAGUGGUGGUGUCGGUCGUGGCCAUCCAUUGGGUUCUGGAAAAAUGGCCGCUUCCGAACGUGGUGCGGGCAGUGGCAAAGGGACUUCCGAAUUCUCUGCGAAGCCCCGAGGAACAGAAGAAGGCGCGGGCGGUGAAGGCGAACCGCUUCUGCAAGUUGUUCACGCCCAUCGUCACCGGCGUGUUCCUGCUGGUGUACGCCGGGCUCAUCACUUUAGAUUCAGUGAUCCAAAAGAAGAUCUCUGUGGCCCAAAAGAAGGUCCCGGUGUCCCAAAGAAGAUCUCGGUGGCCCAAAAGAAGAUUUGGUGUACCUUUAGCCGAAGAGAAGAAUCCCCGAAGAUAA